UUGACAGCUGUCGCAUGACAGAGACUAACCAUAUACAAAAUCAAUUUUGCUUUAUCUAUUCCAUUUAUUUUAUUUACAUAUUAAUUAAAAAUACUUUACAUAUUAACUAAAAGAACUUUAUUUGGCAUGUUUUAAAAUACAAGUAAUCAUCAGUAAAGUUGAGCAAAAUAUCGGUAAUAUUUAACAUAUCUGUAAGAACAGUCCAACCGCCGAGAUGUAUUGUGAAAGUGUGGUCCAGGAACACACAGUGAGCCAGCCGGAUGUGACCGCCAUACGUGUCAAGCAGGAGGCUCGGGAGCCACAGUCGGAUACUGAUACAGUCAUUGUACCAGGGGCUGGUGCACAUGUCUGUUGCAGAAUUAAACAAGAGAUCCUCCCCAUAUUUUACGAAAAGACUCCAGAGUCCAGAACAGAAGAAGACACAGUGCUGAAACAAUCGAUUAAACAAGAAAUCAGCGAGUACGAUGUAGAUAUAACUGGAGUUGUGAAGACAGAGUGUGUUGCCACUGAGGAAACGGCACAUAUAAACAUAUUCUCUGGUGAAGACAGUCAGCCACCUACAAAACAGUAUGAGAGUUGUAGCACUGAACAAGAGACGAGUGAACUUGAUGUCGUUCAGUAUGGAGUAGACGGAGCUGGAGUUGUAAAGUCGGAGUGUGUUGACGCAACUGAGCAGUCAGCAGUAGGCCACCACACAUGUUCAGGCAAGGAAAAAGAUAAUCUCAUAAAACUGUACGAGGAUCAUGAAAUAAAGAGCGAGUUGGUUAUAGGACCAAUGCUUGUACAAACAGAGACAGCAUCUGGAGCUGUAAACCAUUUGUCACAUUCAAAAGAUGGUUGUCAAAAUGUGCUGUAUACUGAGGAUGAUGUCCACAUAUCCAAGCACCAAGAUAGGACAGUGGCAACUGGUACAUUGUACUCAUGUGAUAUAUGCAGAGAGACAUUCAAAUCCUAUAAUGCAAUAGAACACCAUAUGUCAGUACAUACUGGCCAGAAAUAUAAUAAUUCUAAAAAUACUUCAAAUGAUUCUGAAUUUAGUAAUGGCGGAAAGCCACACAGAUGUGAAGUGUGUAAGAGGUGCUAUAGUUUAAUUGGACAUUUAAAGACACAUAUGCAAAUACAUACAGGAGAAAGACCAUACAGUUGUGAUGUGUGCAAGAAAUGUUUUAGUAGACAUGAACAUUUGAAGGUACAUAUGCGAACACAUACAGGGGAAAAGCCAUACAGUUGUGAUGUGUGUAAAAAUUGUUUUAGUACACAGUCACAAUUUAAGAGACAUGUCCGUACACAUACGGGAGAGAAGCCAUACAGUUGUGAUGUAUGUAAGAAAUGUUUUAGUGCACAUGAAAAUUUGAAGAUACAUAUGAGAUCACACACAGGAGAAAAGCCAUAUACUUGUGAUGUAUGUAAAAAAUGUUUUAGUACAAGUGGAAAUUUGAAGAUACAUAUGCAGACACAUACAGGAGAAAAUCCAUACAGUUGUGAUAUGUGUAAGAAAUGUUUCAGUACACAUGAACAUUUGAAAGUACAUGUCCGUACACAUACAGGAGAAAAGCCAUACAGUUGUGAUGUGUGUAAAAAGUGUUUUGAUACAACUGGACAUUUGAGGAUACAUAUGAGAACACAUACUGGAGAAAAGCCAUACAGUUGUGAUAUAUGCAAAAGAUGUUUUAGUACACAUGAUCAUUUAAAAACACAUAAGCGGACACAUACAGGAGAAAAGCCAUACAGUUGUGAUAUAUGUAAGAAAUGUUUUAGUAGACAUGGACUUUUGAAGAUGCAUAUACGUACACAUACAGGAGAAAAGCCAUACAAUUGUAGCAUGUGUAAGAAAUGUUUUAAUACAAAGGCAGAUUUGGAGAUACAUAUGCGAUCACAUACAGGAGAGAAGCCAUACACUUGUGAUGUGUGUAAGAAGUGUUUUACUGCACAUAGAUAUUUGAAGCUACACAUGCAAUUACAUACAGAAGAUAAGCCAUACAGUUGUAAUGUUUGUAAAAAAUGUUUUAGAACACAGUCAUAUUUGAAGAGACAUAUGAGUGUACAUACAGGAGAAUAGCCAUAUAGUCUACAAACUACAUAGAGAUGCUAAGAGGAACAGCUUAGCUACAUUGAAAUUGGCCAAUAGUGGGACUCUAGAACUAUGUAUGACAAUUUUUUUUUUAAUUACAAUGUAGUAAGCUCAAAAAAGUAUCUAGCUCCCAUUUUUGUAAUUUAAACGCGAGGAAAAUUCAUAAAAAUAAAAGCCAAAUAAAUUAUUUAUUUAUUUUAAUUUAUUAAAUGGUUUCUGCUUA